GCGUCAGGAGAGUUUGCGUCGCUCGGUAAGAUCAGUUCAGGAGUUGAAACGAGUUGACAGGAACCUCAUUAUUUAACGCUUACAGGACUUGAAAGGAGAAUAUAUUUCACACCAUGAGGGAUUUAAGGAGUUUUCUCCCUGCUCUUCUGCUUGUCCUCGGUUUGGCAACAGCUUUUGCGCAGUCUGGACAACAAACGUGUGAGUCGAAGAAUGGGACAAGCUGUAAUGAAUGUCUGUCAAAUGUGACGUGUCUGUGGUGCAUCAAAACCAAAUCCUGUAUCACGUACCCGGUGAGGACCAUCCUUCCACCUCAUGCUGUUUGUCCACUCAGUGAGGCUCGCUGGGGCCUCUGUUGGAUGAACUUCCAGACGCUGAUAAUCACCUUGGCCGUGUUAGGUGGAGUUCUCAUCAUUGCAUUCCUGGUCUGUCUGUUCUGCUGCUGCAAGUGUGAGAACAUUGGAUCUAAAAGGUCUGAGGCCAAGAUGCAGAGACAAGCCAACAAAAUGAAAACCAAGCAAGAGGAACGGCGGGCAGAGAUGAAACAGAGGCAUGAGGAAAUCAGGAAAAAAUAUGGUCUAAGUGGCCCCAAUCCAUACUCCAAAUUUGCAUGAGAAAAUCAGUGAAUUAAGAUGUUUUCAAUGUGAAGCUUUAGUUUUUGCAUAAAACUCUGACAUCUCAUCAUGAUUGUCUUAGACAUGACCUGAGAGUUAAUGUAAUUUAUUAGUAAGACAUGAAGUCGAAGUGAUUACAGGUGAAGCGGUUUUGGCACAGGUAACUCUGACUUCAUCUUAUUCAAGAGAUUUUAUGUGAUGAUCAAACAGGCAGUAAACAAAGGCUGGAAUAAAGCUAUGUAGCAGCAGAGAUUUAAAGACUAAUGUAGCCUUAAAAACAACAUAGUGUUAGCCUACUCUAUUUAUUAGAUAGACAUUCAUUCAUUUUCCACCAGUGCUCGAUCCUUUUUAGGGUCAUGGGUUAUACACUGUGAAAAAAAUACGGGUUAAUUCUUUAUUUUUUCCCCAUUAACAGCCUUUUGCUUGAGUAAAUGUGCUGCUGCUUUGCUCCACUAAGAUGCUACUCAUUUGAAGAAAUUAAUUAUUAUAUUACAUAUAUAUAUUAUUCCUAAAAACAUUAUGAAACAUACUUGUUGGAGGUCCUUCCUAUGACUUUCAUGCUAUAAGUCUCCCUGCCAUUAGUGGCUCUUAUUUGUUCUUUUUUAUGUUGUUUUUCAGAAAAAAAUACAUAAAUGGUUUAAAAAACAUAUUCAUAAUGAAAUUCUCACCUUUACGCUACAUAAUUUUGCAAAUUUUAAGCCUAAUUUAAAUCUGUCAUUGAUUUUAAGUUCGCUUAACACUGUAAUUGUCUGUAAAUACUGUAAAAACAUAGAUCUAAUAAAAGGUGUUCUGACUGAUUCUGUCAGCAGCUCCUGA